CCCAAGAGGACCAGUCCCUGUCAGACUCCGUCCACACACACACAUACGCACACACACACUCACACACUCGCACCCCAGCACGGACGCUGCAGGACCGACCAAACAAACCAUGGCUGUACGGGACGCUGGCUCUCUGCUCGUCGGACUUCUGGUCCUCUUUCACACCUGGGGAGCGUGGGCUGCUGUGGAGGUCAACAUGGAGGACAGAGUGGAGGUGUUCAGGGGGGAAACAGCUUCGAUCGCCUGCAUGUUCACAUCGUCUGAAGGCAUCGGCGCCAUGAUCAUACAGUGGUUCUAUGUGACACGGGGGGGUGAGAGGCAGAACAUCUACUACCAAGACGCCACCACGAAGAUUGUAGCCCGAGGCACACCGUUCACAGACCGGAUCAGUGUGAACGGUACCGGAGCCACCGGAGAUGUGGUGUUGACUAUCAGCAACGUGCAGCUGCAAGACGAGCUGGAAUUUAUCUGUCUCAUCGGAAGUGUAACGGGGGAAGCUGGGGAGGGACGAACAAAGCUCAGGGUGUUUGAAACACCAGACCUCCCUACCAUUGAGAGUGUGCAGACAGGGAUCUCAGUCAGUGAAGACAGCCUAUCUAAGAUUGGGACGUGUGAGGUCAAAAAUGGCUUCCCCAAGCCAAACAUCACUUGGUACAGAAACAACACGCCACUACGCACUGCUCAGGAUGUGGUGAAAGUAGUGCCCAGCAUCACGAGUGAAUCCAGCGGCCUGUUCUCAGUGAAGAGUGAACUGAGCAUGAAGGUGGUGAAGGAGGACAAAGAUGAUGUGUUCUACUGCGAGGUCACCUACUUUGUUCCUGGCGGAACCAGGAUGACCGAGACCAACCGUGUCAACAUCACCGUGUACUACCCCUCCACAGCUGUAAGCAUUUGGGUGGAGUCACCAAAGGGCAAAAUCAAGGAAGGGGACUCGAUCGAGCUUCACUGUCGUGGCAACGGGAAUACUCCAUCCUCAAUUAUUUCAAUCAAGCAUACCAAGACUGAUCAGACUUGGGAGGGCAAUGUGUUGGUGCUAAGGAACGUGACCCGUCUAAACACUGGAGAUUACACGUGCACCUCUAUGGACACGGACACCUUUGAGGAGAUCACAGACUACACCACUGUGUUUGUCAACUAUCUGAAACCUGCUGUGGUGAUACCUGAAAACACUACUGUGGUGGUCCAAGGGGAUGAGCUGAAGGCCACCUGCAACGCCCUCUCUCCUCUGCAGACACACACAGCCUGGUUUAAGGACGGAGUGGAGGUUUCAACGGGCCACACUUUGAUCCUCCAGGACGCUACGUUUGACACAGCAGGGGCGUAUGUUUGUGUGGUGACUGUUCCUGAGAUCGAGGGAAUGGAAACCAGAAAAACACUUGUUGUUCAAGUCCAAGGCCCACCAGAGAUCAUGGAGAAGGACCACACAGAGAUGGAGCAGAUUUUUGAAAAGACAGUCGAGCUGAGCUGCCAUGCCAGAGGCUUCCCUGCUCCCAGCAUCACCUGGACCACCUCUGACGGGAAGGUCCUCAAGACAGCAUCCCAAGAAGACACUGAGGAGGGCGUCCAGAGUGUGGUCACUAUCAAGGUCGACUCUGACAUCACUGCUUUCUGCAAUGCCUCCAACGAGCACGGCACUGCCGCGGUGACCUUCAACAUCAAAGCCAUUACACACACCACCACACCAGCCACCACCACCACCACUACAACAACUAGCAAUCCCAUUUCCUCCACCACAGUCAAAGCCCAAACAGCUAAUCCACCAGAGAAAGUCAAGAAAGAGGGCAGCGGUGUUAUCAUUGCAGUCAUCAUCAUCUGCAUCCUGCUGCUGGCCAUCCUGGGGAGUGUGCUCUACUUCCUCUACAAAAAGGGCAAAAUCUGUGGCCGAUCCGGCAAGCAAGACCUCACCAAAGAGAAGUCCAACAAAGAUAACAUUGUGGUGGAGAUGAAGAGCGACAACACAGAGGAAGCUGUGCUCCUCGGGGUCAACGGAGAAAAGCAACCCCCCAGCGACCAGUAAAGAGCGGCGAGUACCUGGACGUGCAGAAGUGAGGAGGUCACUGCAGAUGCACCAACGGCUGCUCCCGUUCUUCCCUCUCAGGCUCAGACCCGCCGAUGCCUUCAAGCUUCCACCACAACUCCUUAUCCCAAAGUUGCGUCAUGGAAAAGCUAAGCUGUCUGUCAGUUAACGUCACGAUGGACGACCGAGACUCAAAUUAUUCCUAGCUGCAGCUUUUGCUUGCCGCCCCGUAUGUCCCAGAACAUUUCUUUUGGAAUACAGCUUGAGCUUUAAUGAGAAAUGAGCUGAGCGCUCCGUGACGAAACUCUGCUAAUAAAUUGUCCACCUGCAAACCAAGGACUGUCCAUAGCCUAUAGUGCUCAUUACUAUGAGCCUUGUAUACUGCUGAUUGUCCGUAGAACAAUAAUUAGAGCACAACAUUGACCAGGGACUGUUUUUAUACACGACUACGCAUCACCUCAGGCAAAGCCAUCACUGAAGAGCGGCCUGAAACAGCUCUUUAUCAAGUGUGCAUAUUAUAAUCUAUGUAUAUAUUUCUUUAUUUAAAAUAACACCAUUGGGAAAAAAAAACAAAAACAAAAAAACCAACCAAAAAUAAAUGACCA